AUACUUUUAUGUAAAUACUGGAAAAAAACAGAAGCCACCAGCAGCUUGUUUAAAGGCUGACCGGCUCGCAUGAGGCAGUCAUUGGACCUCCAAGACGUGCAGCUUUCAUCUUAGAUCUGUGUUUUUCUGAAGCUGAUCAUCUGUAGCAUCAUGAAUCUGUGGCUCAGCAGUCAUUUCCUGGUAGCGGGGCUGUUUCUGAGCAGCUCAGCUCUGACACCUGAAGAAUGCCAGCCUUUGAUCACACCUUUGUCUCUGGCUAACCCCGCCAUGAUGUACGGCAGGUUGAACUUCAUCAUGGGUUACACUGAUAAUGAAAUAUAUAACGACAUCCUGAAGAUGACCCAGAGCAUGUGGUUGAAUAUCACCCCGUCACCAUCCAGCAGCAAUACAGUUAAUUUUUUUCAGGAGAACAAGAUAAACGGAAGCUGCAUAUCCUUAAAGUUCAACACAACCAUUGACGGCAACACUGGAUUAACGUCAUUCGGCAACAUCACAUCGAUGUUCCACUUGUUGCCGACUUUUGACGGCUAUCUGCUCAUGAGCCUGAGCAGCACGAACAGGAACCUCGACAAACUGCUGAGCAUGCUGAACAUCAACAGCAACACUACAGCUGAGGAGAUCAACGUCCACGCUCUUUAUCUGAUGGGAAAUGGAACGGCCCUGAAGGACUCUGACCUGGAACAUUUCAAGAGUCAGGCGAGCUGCCUCGGCUUCUUCAAGGAACCCAACUUCAUCUACGACCCCAAGAACGGUUUCUGUGCUGAAGGCGAGGGGCGUAAGAUAUUCGGAAACUAAGAACAACAUUCAUGAAUGUUUCAAUCUGAAACUAAGUAAAGACACAAAAUGACUCAAAA